ACCAGCCCUGCUCCCAACUGGUCCCAUUAAAACCCCCCAUUCCGCAUCCACGAGAGACGAAGCCCGCGUAGCCGCGCAUGCAGAGUGAUCAUGACGCACUUUUAGAGGAACUCGAACAUCUUUCUGUCCGGACACCUUUUUUUUUAUUUACACCGAGAAACGUUCACUUUAAAGACUUCUGCUUUCCACGUCCCCGAGCCCUCCACGCACCGGUGUGAUGCCCGCUGGGAUGUUUAGCAUCGACAGCAUCCUGUCCGGCCGGCCGAGCUGCAAGGAGCCGCUGCUGCUGCACCGGAGCGGCCCGGUGGUUCUCUCCGCCGGCCUCACGGACUCUAUCUACACCGACUACAACGGACUGUACUCGGCCACGUGUGGGCCUUCUCCUCCCGGGAUUCAGUCUGUGAACGGGACCAGGAUUGGAUAUAACGGCUACUACUACGGACAGCUGCACGUCCAGGGCCCCGGAGGAGGUCCACCGUGCUGCGGCUCAGUGCCCGGCCUCAGCCCGCAGCAGUGCCCCUGCAUCCCGGCAGGCUACGACAGUCCGGGCUCGGUGCUGCUCUCCCCGGUCCCGCACCAGAUGAUGUCCUACAUGAACAUGGGAAGCCUGUCGCGGACUGAGCUGCAGCUCCUCAACCAGCUGCACUGUCGGAGGAAGCGGAGGCACCGCACCAUCUUCACGGACGAGCAGCUGGAGGCUCUGGAGGGCCUCUUCCAGGAGACCAAGUACCCGGACGUCGGGACGCGGGAGCAGCUGGCCCGAAAGGUUCACCUCCGGGAGGAGAAGGUGGAGGUUUGGUUCAAAAACAGACGCGCGAAGUGGAGGAGGCAGAAGCGCUCUUCCUCAGAGGAAUCAGAGAACACGCAGAAAUGGAACAAAGGGACCAAAGCGUCCGUGGAGAAAAGCGAGCAGAGUAAAAGCGACGUGGACUCGGACAGCUGAUGAAAACACAGCAGGUCCACGUGGAUCCGUGUGUGUACAUAGAGUGGACUCGACGACAUGCUGGUGGUGGUGUGAUGAUGAUGAUGAUGAAAACGUGUUGCCAUGUUGCACAGUUGUACAUAUCUACAUUUUAUUAUUGGUUCUGUGUGUGCGCUAUUUAUAUUUAAUUUAAGUUGGUGAUGUGACGCAGGCCGGGGCCCCACGUGACGCCCACUGACGUGUCUGAAUAUAUCGUAAUGAUCUCUGUGACAUUUUUAUGGAUACUAAAUGUUGUAAUUCUGCCUGUUUGUACCCGAUGUAACUUCUCUGCAGCCGCGAUGUUUAUGUCAUUUUUAUUUGGCAGAAAAAAAAUGAGAAUCUACCUAAAGUGAGAAAUUAUAAACAUUAAAAUACAAAUGAAUCAGCA